GCAAUAUGUUCACCUCCUAUUGAUAAAGAAUACAAAACAGAUCUGUGCUUUUAAUUCAAAAUAACAUGGCGUGUAAACAGCCUCUCUACAAAAUUAAAAACAGCGAUGGAGUCACAUGGGAUGUACAAUAGAUCUGCAAAUGCCCCAUAAAGUGCUAAUAUACUGUUCCUGCUUUUUAUUUCCAGAUGCAUCAAGCCAAUUAAAGUCCCCAUGUGCCAAUGUACCACAAUGGACUACCAUGCCUCAAUGAAAUGGCGCAUUAACUCAUCCUGCCAAUUACUGUGAUGAAGCAGCGAAUUAGAUUGUUCAAUCCAACAAUGAUGAAUUAUUAUUGUACAAUUGUGUGUGAUGUUAUACCCUUUGUGGGGUAGGAUAUGCAGUGAAAUUUGCUCGAUUUUAUACAAAAACAUGGAUUUAUUUAAAUCAAGGACUUGAAAAUUUCAAGAUAUGGAAAUUGAAAAUGAUUACUUUUUGUGCACAGCUCGGAACCUGGCAUUUCUGGGAAAUCAAUAACAGAGAAUUGUUGUAAAAUGGCAGCGUUAUCGCAAGAUUUCGCUGCAAUCUUCUCCAUCGUUUUCUUUGGCGGGUUAUUUCUUUUCAUCUGUAUAGUUUCCGCAAUUAAGGCCGUCAGAGACCGCAGGAAGAUAAAGAAAUUCCUAAAAGCUAAGGAGGAGGCCAUGCGAGCGGUAAGGUUAAAACGACAAGCUUAUGUGAACAUGGGACAGAUUGAAGAAUCACCAAAACAUGUGAAUCACGUCAUCUACAACACAAAUACAGGAAACGGUCCGUCUGCAAGUCAGAAUUCCACGCCAGUUAAUGGUGGUUUGAUUGUUAAAAGUGAAUACUCAAAUGCAAGUCAAAACAAUAAUAAAACUUCGUCAAAUUACGAGGAUGCCUCAAACUUGCAGUAUCAUUGUGAUGGAUAUUCUCCACGAGAUUCUGUAUACUCCAUAGACACAUCAUUACGUCAUAUCGCUUCCAUUGAAAGCCUUACUGAUGACGUAAUGAAGUCAAUCAACGAACAAGAUCUCCAGAAACUAAAAAACGAAAAGACUUUAAAUUCAAAAAGUGACAAUUCUUAUCCUCAAAGUAUUUGUAGUUCUUCUCCAAACAGUGCAAACUUGAAAUUACCGGAGGAUUACGUCACUGCUACAAAAACAUUACGUCGAUAUUCUUAUCAGGUGGCAUGCGCAGAAUCGACACUUGAAAGAACCCAGCCACAGUUUGCCAAGUCAGAGGCUAUUAUAAAAGCAUACAAAAGUAACAAUAUUGUGUUUGAAAAUGUUGCCUUUAAUAGUGAUAGGAAUCCUUAACAUUGUGACAAUUUAUUCAUUUGAAUAUACACCACUUUGAAUCCAUGACAGUGCAAUUUAAAUACACUACUUAAAGUAAAAAUAUGUGCUUGUCAUCACAGCAACACAAUACAUGUAUUCACUUAGAAGUUUUUUAUCCGUUUUUAAUAAGAAUCAGUGUUUACACUUCAGUGUCACUGAAACAAUUUUCUCAAUACUAUAUAUGUACUGAAACAUAUAGUUCAUUGUAUUUAAAAAAGAUACCUUGUAACAUUGUAAACUCUUUCCAACUAGUUUUUAAAACAUAACUUGCAUAUCAGCAAUAUUCAUACUGCAACAAUUCCUAUGCAUUUCUGACAUCACACUCUCACAUGCCUAAGUCAUUAAUAGCCAUUUUGUGCUUGACUUACAUUUCACCAUCAAUGGUUGGACAUGUUUUUAUAUAAAAAUUUUAUUAAUAAAUAGAAUAUAAAAUGAUA